CCAUAACACCAUCAAAAAUAUCACCAUGUUUUCUUCUUCCAACAACAGCUACAACCCUUUUCACUUCAUUGUCAACCAGAACAUGACCGGAAACCCUAACUCGACACCGGAAGAUCAAACCUCUUCACCAUUCUUUCACUUUCCAGUGCCAUUUCUUGAUGAUGAUGCUGAUGAAAUUCUCAUGAGUCAGCUUUUGUCAGAAGAGCCAAUCUUGGUGUCUAGUAGCAAUGGGGGACCUAAUCUUCCGACUAAGGAAACGAAUAAUAAGAAGGUUGCUGUUAGGAAGAAGAGAAGUAGUGCCGACGGUAGUGGAGCCAAGGCGGUUCUUCCACGGAAGAGGACUGGGAAGAAGGACAGGCAUAGCAAGAUCUAUACGUCUCAGGGACCGAGAGACCGGCGAAUGAGGUUGUCCCUUCAAAUUGCCCGGAAGUUCUUUGACCUGCAGGACAUGUUGGGGUUUGACAAAGCAAGUAAAACUAUAGAGUGGCUGUUUUCCAAGUCAAACGUGGCAAUCAACGAACUUACGGACAGUUUUCCAAGAGUGAAGGAAAGUUGUAGCGGGGCUGGGAAGACUGUGUCGUCUACCUCGGAGAGUGAAGUUGUGUCAGUAGCAAAGGAGACUGAAGAAGGCAGAGAGCAGAAGGGAAAGCAGAAAAAGGAAAGGAAAUCAUCGCUUAAAGCUUCAAUAAAUAUUCCAGUUCCAAAGGAAUCAAGAGAGAAGGCAAGAGCAAGGGCUAGGGAGAGAACAAGAGAGAAAAUGAAGAUAAAACUCGAUGAUGUUCAACUUGUUCAGUCUUCUAGCCCUCAUGAAAGUGGUGAAAAUUUUGGAGCUUCUAGCCAAACAAAUUCAACUUGGAAGGCGGUAGUUGAGGAAGAAGAUGAGCAACACCACAGGGUUCCCAUGGUUCCCAUACCAGAGCAUCAAAUGGAUUCUGUUAACUUCAUUGAGAAAUUUCUGGGGAUUAAUACAAGUGCUCCAACAUCUUCAUCAGUGGUGAACUUAAGUACUGGAGGAAAUUCAGAGGAAAUUUAUCCGGUUUUUACUGGAAAUUGGAGCAUGAACAGUGAUCACAUGCAAUAUAGUUAUUCUGCAAUGACAAACAUGAAGGGAGAAGGAUCAUCAGGUAAUGUAAUCCAAGUACAAAGCCCUAGUACUAAUUUCAUGGCCAACUCAAACACCCAAGAACAAAACCCUAGUACAGUCUUCAUGUUCCACUCAGAAGAACUAAACCCUAAUUCCAUCUUUGAGACCCCUUCAAAUGUCCAUGAAGGGAACCCUACUUCAGUUCUAGUUUCUAGCUCAAAUAUUGGUUUGCAUUCUCAUUUUCAAGAAAAUCAUCAGUUCUGCAGCAACCACCUUUUUGCCAACAAACACUGCAAUUUUUAUUGAAGUGUGGUUUGAUAUCUUGCUAGUAAGGAUCGAUCAUGGUGAAGAAAAAAGAAUUGUUGGCCAUAUAUAUCUUUCAGCUUUCUGUGUGGCAAAUCCUUUGUUUAACUGUUUAAUGAAUUUGAGAAUUAUUG